GGCACACGCUGGACGUAAGAAGGGCCCUGCGUAUUUACCUCAACAGAACAGCUCCUUUCAGGAAGACAGAAUCCCUAUUUGUUUCCUUUCAACCAAGGGCUCUGGGCACCAAAGUCUCCCCAUCCACCAUAGGCAGGUGGAUAAAAGCCUGUAUUUCCAUGGCCUACGACCAGCAGAAACACCAUCUUCCAGGCCGCAUCACUGCACACUCCACCCGCAGCGCGGCCACCACAGCUGCCUGGGCCACCCAGGCCUCUAUCUUGGACAUUUGCAGAGCAGCCACGUGGGCCUCUCCUUCGCCAUUUAUUAAAAACUACAAGAUGGACCAAUUUGCCUCAGCCGAGGCCUCAUUCGGACGGAGGGUCCUGCAGCGAGUUCUUCCUGUUGCUGAGUCUUCCUAAUCUUUCCUUUCCCGCCCUAGGGAUAUUUAGCUUGGGUAUAUCCCAUUGCUUUGGACUCUCUUAGCAGCGUACAGGAGAAGGAACAUUGGCUUACCUGAAGGUUCCUUCUAUGUACGCUGCGUGAGAGUCCAACCCCUCCCUAUUUUCACUUAUUGUUUUUGUCUAUAUACAGGGAUCUGGAGGUUAUUGUUCCGUUUUUUCCAGUUUUCACAUUGAGUUCGUCUUCUCCAAUACCGCUUCUUCGUUAAUAAACUGGAGCUAAACAGGAAGAGGAGGUGUGUUUAAACAAAUUCAACUCAGUCUCUGGCCAAUCAGAUGAAGUUAACAACCCAUUGCUUUGGACUCUCACGCAGCGUACAUAGAAGGAACCUUCAGUAUACAAGAGUUUGGAUUCCUGACCCAGAAGAAGUCUGGAAAUCAGCUGAAAUCAUCAGAGAUUACAAAGAGGGGGAUAAAACUCUCCGCCUGAAACUUGAAGAUGAAACGAUCCUGGAAUAUCCUGUCGAACCUAAGGAGAACAAGUUUCCUUUUUUGCGUAAUCCAGAUAUUUUGGUUGGAGAAAAUGACUUGACAGCUUUGAGUUACCUCCAUGAACCGGCCGUCUUGCAUAACUUAAAAGUUCGCUUUUUGGAAUCAAAUCACAUCUAUACCUAUUGUGGUAUCGUACUUGUUGCCAUAAAUCCUUAUGAACAAUUGCCAAUUUAUGGACAAGAUGUCAUCUACGCCUACAGUGGCCAAAACAUGGGUGAUAUGGAUCCUCAUAUUUUCGCAGUCGCGGAAGAAGCAUAUAAACAAAUGGCCAGGGAUGAGAAGAACCAGUCCAUUAUCGUUAGCGGGGAAUCCGGAGCGGGAAAAACAGUCUCGGCCAAAUAUGCCAUGCGGUUCUUUGCCUCAGUUGGAGGCUCCUCCAGUGAAUCCAAUAUUGAAGAGAAGGUCCUGGCUUCCAGUCCUAUCAUGGAGGCAAUUGGUAACGCAAAAACAACCCGGAAUGACAACAGCAGCCGUUUUGGGAAAUAUAUUCAGAUUGGCUUUGAUAAAAGAUACCGUAUCAUUGGUGCCAACAUGAGGACGUAUCUGCUUGAGAAAUCAAGAGUUGUGUUCCAGGCAGCUGAUGAGCGAAACUAUCACAUUUUCUAUCAGCUGUGUGCCUCUGCUGGUCUUCCAGAACUGAAGGAUCUCUCAUUAUUGGAUGCCAAAGAUUUUUUCUACACAUCUCUGGGAGGCGACACCUCUCUUGAAGGAGUCGACGAUGCAGAAGAUUUUGAGAAAACAAAGCAAGCCUUCACCCUGCUUGGAGUAAAGGAAUCCUAUCAGAUGACCAUUUUUAAGAUACUCGCUGCCGUCCUACACCUUGGAAAUGUGGAUUUUCGUUCUGAACGUGAUGGAGAAUCCUGCAGCAUAACGAACCAAGAUGAACAUCUGCAUCAUUUUUGCAGAUUACUGGGACUGGAGCACAGCCAGAUGGAACACUGGCUUUGCCACCGGAAGCUGGUCACCACUUCGGAAACCUACACCAAGAAUAUGUCCCUCCAACAAGCCGUCAACGCCAGGAAUGCGCUAGCCAAGCACAUCUACGCUCAGCUGUUCAACUGGAUUGUGCAGCAUAUCAACAAGGCCUUGUACACCACGGUCAAGCAGCAUUCCUUUAUCGGUGUGCUGGACAUCUAUGGGUUUGAGACCUUUGAAUACAAUAGCUUUGAACAAUUCUGCAUCAAUUACGCCAAUGAAAAAUUACAGCAGCAGUUCAAUUUGCAUGUCUUUAAAUUGGAACAAGACGAAUACAUGAAAGAACAAAUUCCCUGGACCCUCAUCGAUUUUUAUGACAAUCAGCCAUGCAUAGACCUUAUAGAAGCUAAGCUGGGUAUCCUGGACUUGCUGGAUGAAGAAUGUAAGGUCCCUAAAGGGACAGACGAGAACUGGGCUCAGAAACUCUAUGAUCGCCACGGGAACAGUCAACAUUUCCAGAAGCCUCGCAUGUCAAACAUGGCAUUCAUUAUUGUGCACUUUGCAGAUAAGGUGGAAUAUUAUUGUGAGGGCUUUUUGGAAAAAAACAGAGAUACAGUCCAUGAAGAACAGAUCAAUAUUCUGAAGGCCAGCAAGUACCCAGUGAUUGUGGAGUUGUUCCAUGAUGAAAAAGACCCUGCUCCAGCCGCUCCUUCUGGAAAGAAAACUUCUUCCAAAAUCCAUAUCCGCUCUGCCCGUCCAACUGUGAAAGCUGCCAAUAAAGAACACAAGAAAACAGUGGGGCACCAGUUUCGCAAUUCAUUGCACCUGUUAAUGGAGACCCUGAAUGCUACCACUCCCCAUUACGUUCGGUGUAUCAAGCCCAAUGACGAGAAGCUGCCUUUCACCUUCGAUCCAAAGAGAGCAGUACAACAACUAAGAGCUUGUGGAGUGUUGGAGACCAUCCGUAUCAGUGCAGCGGGCUACCCAUCCAGGUGGACCUACCAUGACUUCUUGAAUCGGUAUCGGGUGCUUAUGAAAGACAAAAGUAUUUCGAAAAAGAAAGACAAGACACUGAUUUGUAAAACGUUAUUGGAAAGCCUAAUUAAGGAUCCAGACCAGUUUCAGUUUGGACGUACAAAGAUCUUUUUCCGUGCUGGCCAGGUGGCCUACUUGGAAAAAUUGCGGGCAGAUAAAUUCCGGGCUGCCACCAUCAUGAUACAGAAGACAGUGCGUGGCUGGUUGCAGAGAAGAAAGUACAGGAAAACCAGGGAGGCAGCUUUAUGUAUCCAGAGGUUCACCCGAGGAUAUCUGGCACGCAGAUUGGCGGAUCAUCUAAGGAAAACAAGAGCUGCCAUUAUUUUCCAGAAACAAUAUCGGAUGUUAAGGAUACGCCGGGCCUACCAAGCCAUCCGUCAAGCAGCUAUCACAAUCCAGUCCUUCACCCGAGGAAUGUUCGUUAGGAAGAACUAUCAAAAGAUACUUAUGGAGUACAAGGCCAUCAUCCUCCAGAAACACACUCGAGCUUGGCUGGCUCGGAAGAAUUUCACCAAGUUCAGAUGUGCAGCUGUGAUUAUCCAGUGCUAUUUCAGGCGCAUGAAAGCCAAGCAAGAGCUGAAAGCUCUGAAGAUCGAGGCCCGGUCAGCCGAGCACUUGAAGAGACUCAACAUUGGCAUGGAGAACAAAGUUGUGCAACUGCAGAGAAAGAUAGAUGAACAGAACAAAGAAUAUAAAUCUCUCAAUGAGCAGCUCUCCACAGCAGCCUCUGCUCAUUGCAUAGAGAUUGAAAAGCUGAAGAAGGAACUGGAACGCCAUCAGCGGAAGAACGGAGACAGGAAUCAGCUCGUGAGCCUUCAGGAAGAAAUUGAUUCUCUCCGGCUGGCCCUGGAGAAGGCUCACGGGGAGCGGAAGAUCGUCGAAGAUACGUAUGCCAAGGAGAAGCAGGUGCUCCAAAAGAGGAUAUCCGACUUGGAAGAAGAGAAUGUCCUUCUGAAGGAAGAAAAAGAGGCACUGAACAGCAAAAUAUUGGGUCAGUCAGAAGAUGAAUUUGCCAAAAAUGCAGUUGAAGAAAACCUGAUGAAGAAGGAGCUUGACGAGGAGCGGGUCCGUUACCAGAACCUUGUGCAGGAAUAUUCAAGGCUGGAGCAGAGAUUCGAGAAUCUGAGCGAUGAAAUGACUCUCACCAAGCAAAGCCCGGGACACAGAAGAAACCCAUCAAACCAAAGCAGCUUGGAAUCGGAUUCCAACUACCCAUCCAUUUCUACAUCGGAGAUAGGAGAUACGGAAGAUGCAAUACAGCAGAUAGAGGAAAUUGGCUUGGAGAAGGCAGCCAUGGACAUGAAUCUCUUCCUAAAACUUCAGAAGAGAGUGCGGGAACUUGAACAGGAGAGAAGAAAAUUGAAGACUCAGCUGGAAAAGAAAGAGAACGAAAGCAAGAAAUCUCAGGAAAUUGAAACGAAGAAUGAAAUGGAUUUGGAUCGAGAUACAGAUCUAGCAUACAACAGUCUGAAGAGGCAAGAGUUAGAAUCUGAGAACAAGAAACUGAAAAAUGAUCUAAACGAACUCAGGAAGACUGUUGUGGAUGGCGUAGUCCAAAACAAUUCUUCCAAUGACGUUCAUGACACCUACAACCUACUCCUGAAUCAGCUCAAGUCAGCUAGUGAAGAGCUGGAAGUACGGAAGGAAGAGGUCCUCAUUCUCAGGACGCAGAUUAUAAGAGCAGCCCAGCAAAAAGACGCAGGCAGAAAUAUGGAAUCAAACCUCAAGACUCAAACCAGCUGGCCCAAUAGCGACAAACAUGUGGAUCCAGAAGAUGCAAUUGAGGCCUACCACGGAAUGUGUCAAACUAAUCGCAAGACUGAGGAUUGGGGUUACCUGAAUGAAGAUGGAGAACUCGGCUUGGCCUAUCAGGGUCUAAAGCAAGUAGCCAGGCUCCUUGAGGCUCAACUCCAGGAACAGAGAAGGGAAUAUGAAGAAGAAAUAGAAGUCCUUAAAGACCAGAUGGAGACAUUGAAGGAAGCGAUGGAGAAACAACACGAAGUCUUCCUCCAGACGCUCCAGUUGUCCCCAGAAGCCCAAGUGGAGUUUGGCAUCCAGCAGGAAAUCUCACGACUGACCAGCGAAAACCUGGACUUGAAAGAGAUGCUGGAGAAGCUGGAAAAGAAUGAGAAGAAGCUGAAGAAACAGCUUAGGAUUUAUAUGAAGAAAGCGCAAGAUUACGAAGCUGAUCAAGCCGUUACACAGUCUGAAAAGCGGAAACACGAAAUCAGCCGGCAAGUCGCCGUCCAAAGGAAGGAAAAAGACUUCCAGGGAAUGUUAGAAUAUUGCGAAGAGGAUGAAUCUUCACUCAUAAAAAAUCUCAUUACAGAUUUGAAGCCUCAAACGGUAUCUGCCACUGUGCCCUGCUUGCCUGCCUACAUCCUUUUUAUGUGCAUCAGACAUGCCGAUUACAUUAAUGAUGAUCAAAAAGUGCAUUCAUUGCUCACCUCCACUAUUAACGGCAUUAAAAAAGUAUUAAAGAAACAUAACGAGGACUUUGAGAUGACAUCGUUGUGGCUGUCCAACACAUGUCGCCUUCUACAUUGUCUGAAGCAAUACAGCGGAGAUACGGGUUUUAUGACCCAAAAUACCCCAAAGCAGAAUGAACAUUGCCUGAAGAACUUUGACCUCACCGAGUACCGUCAGGUCCUGAGUGAUCUCUCCAUCCAGAUCUACCAGCAACUCAUCAAAAUUGCUGAAGGCGUCUUGCAGCCCAUGAUAGUGACUGCGGUGUUGGAAAACGAAAGCAUCCAGGGCCUGUCAGGUAUCAAGCCGAUGGGCUACCGCAAACGAAGCUCCAGCAGAGGGGACAGCGAAAACACCUACAGUUUGGAAGCAAUCAUCCGCCAACUGAACACGUUUUUGAGCAUCAUGUACGACCAGGGCCUUGACCCAGAGAUCAUCCAACAGGCCAUUAAGCAGCUCUUCUACAUGAUCAAUGCUGUGGCCUUGAAUAACCUCCUGCUGAGGAAGGAUGUAUGUUCUUGGAGCACUGGCAUGCAGAUGAGGUUUAACAUCAGCCAACUGGAGGAAUGGUUGAGAGGGAAGAACCUGCAUGCAAGUGGGGCUGCCAAGACCCUGGAACCACUGAUCCAGGCAGCGCAGCUCCUGCAGUUGAAAAAGAAAACACCUGAAGAUGCUGAGGCCAUCUGUUCCUUAUGCACAUCCCUCACCACCCAGCAGAUUGUAAAAAUACUAAAUCUUUACACUCCCGUGAACGAGUUCGAAGAGCGAGUGACAGUAACCUUCAUAAGAAACAUUCAGGCACAAUUGCAAGAGCGAAACGAUCCUCCACAGCUGCUGUUAGACUUCAAAUUCAUGUUCCCAGUUUUGUUUCCAUUCAAUCCUUCGUCUCUGACUAUGGACUCUAUCCACAUCCCGGCUUCCCUCAACCUGGAUUUCCUUAACCGAGUUUGAAGACACAAUAUAUUUUUUUCAGCCCAAUUUCCCCAAAGCUGAGGGGGGGGAAAAAAGAAAUGAAAAUGUAGAAGCUUUUCAAAUAUGGACCAAAUAAUGGUGAAAGAACCAGUACAUGCCAAUUAAUCAGUGCUAAAUUGUUCAGGAUAAAAAAAAAAUACUUGGGUUAGAUGCUUUUUGGUUUCUUUGAGGGAUUUUUUUGGGGGGUGGAUGGGUGGGGAGAUCUUGCAGUUGAUACUUGAAACACAAGAAGGGGUUGAACUGUUUGAUGCCAUGCUAAAAUAUUCUCUCCUACUUGCCAUUAAGGCAAAUGCACUGAUUAAGCAGGAUGUAAGCUUUAUUUUUGUGAAUUAACGUUUCUCAAGGAUUUUUGUGUUGAAAUGACAAAAAGAAGCCCAGAUUUCCACCCAUGUUCUGAUUGUCCAUGGAGGUUGAGCAGGGGUCUCCACCUUGGCAACUUUAAGACUCGUGGACUUCAACUCCCGGAACUCCUCAGCCAUCAUGAUAGGCUGAGCAUGGCUGGCUGAGGAAUUAUGAGAAUUGAAGUCCACGAGUCUUAAAGUUGCCAAGGUGAAACCGCCUGUGAUAGAGCUUGCUUUAAUCUUCAGUUUCUCAUUUUCAAAAAAGUUGCUUUAGGUUAAUUUUUUUUAAAAAAAAAAAUGUUACGCAGCUUGUACAGAUGUUACUGCAGGUGUGGGGAGCAUCAUUUGCAAUUUGUACUAAGACUGGGGAAUGCCACUUUGCAUAUGAAGCAAGUUAGUCCCUGAAAGCUUCAGGAAGUUGUGUAAAAUAUGGUUAAAAAAAGACAAUAUGGCGGUACAUACCUAAGAAAGCAGGCCAAACUUCAAUCACACCAUUGUGGCUGCCAUUUUGACUUUUGUUUACCAUACUUUGUGGAUACCCUGGUCCGUCUUUAACCCAUCAGGUGCCUGGUGAUAAUUUUGCCGUAUCUAUCACUAAGAAUGUGAAGUUGUGGAACCAUAAACCUCUAUGUUUGCUUCAUGCCAAAUUAUAAUUUCACUGUAAGCUGCUACGGAUUCAUUUAGGCCAGUGACUGACAUGGGCCUACUUUGAUUUACUGGGGAAGAAGAUGAUGUACUGGCUACAUUGACUCUGAGACAGAUUCCUUGCCAAGAUAGUUGAAGCAUCCUUAUGAUCACACUUGGGACUGUGCCAGGAUACAGUAGGGAUAUGUUGGCUCAGUUCUGUGUCAUUGUGCAGUCAAUUUUUCCCUAACAUUUGCAGGAAAUGGAGUCUCAGGCUGUCUUUCCAAGCCAGUUACCAGGACAAUGUUAUGCAUUAUAUAAUAGCCUAUAAAUUUGUUAAUAUCUGAAAUCCAAGAUAAGCCUUUCAAGAGAAUUAUCAUGCAAACUAAUGCAGAAGACUCUGUCAGCAUGUUUAUGCACAGAACAAUAGGUAAGAAAUGAUCUUUCUUACAAAAACUAAUCAGCACUUAUUAAAUACUAGAGAGCCCCGGUCUCUCCUGUCUCCAUAUGGGAAAAAAAUAAAAAUUUCCUUCGUGUUCUAAAUACGACUUUUUAAAUUAUGUCCAAAAGCCAAGUACCAAACAUUUUUCUUCAAAUUUUAUUUUUUAAAGCAUUGCUCAACUAUUAUUCAGUGGCUGUCAUAGCCAUUAAAGUGACAGUCACAUAAAAAGGAGACCGUGGGAAGGGACAAUUAUAUGGAGAAAUGAAGACAGCCAUAUACAGAAUUCGCUAUUCUGUAAUCUCCUAUAAUUGCACUUAACUAGAUAAACCCAGUAGGGUUACAAGCAAAAAAAAAAAAAAGAAAAGAAAUGUGAUUGAGUGACCUUUUUUGAACCGUGCCCAGAUGAUCUUGGCAUUCUUCACUCUUGCAAGCUUGGCAAUUAAAUAUUGGACCAGGAAGCUUUUAGUGAAAUGAGCCCCAUCCUUUUUCAAAAUAAUUGUGUUACUAUAAAUCAAGCACCCAACUUACAAAAGACACUCCGCCAUUAAUGGUUCAAUCGUAAGAUAUUCUAGUCUGAUUCGGAAAAUAAGUAAAGAACAUGUCUAUUUUUAACUAAUAAUGGUCUCCAAGUCAUGUCUAAAAGGGAGACAUUUUGUGCAUUUGGCCAUGGGUUGCGGUAUUGAAUAUCUAAAUAUCUUGAUGCACAGAUGGAUGCAAACAGGAGCAUCUGCUAGCUAGUGCUGCUUAAAUGCUUGCCAUGCUGCUCCGAAGCUUCAGCACCUGAAUAUGGCUAUCUGUCAUUAAGUUUAGCAUCCAGGGAACCGUUUCAUCAUAAUGCUAAAUUCAUAAAACGAUUGCAACCAUGUGGUAAAAUGAUAGCUGCGGGCACACACUGCUCCCACAUAAUUCUGCAAAUUGUGUCGGGUUUUUGGUUUUUUUCUUUUUUUCCCUUCCUUGGUCUCCACGGAAAAAUUCAUGCUACCUUUCCUGAUGCUCUAGUUUUACCCGAUGACACUUUAUUCCCUUGUUUUAUUCGAUAGAAGUUUCUCUCUUAUUCAUACUUCAAUGCAAAAGAAAAAGUUUUGUGGCAACCUCUGCUUAUUUCUCUUGUGAUUUUCUACAUUAGUGCAAACACGAAUUCGGGGGGUUUCCCCCUCCCUCAAAUUAAAUAUGAUAAAUUUGUACUUUGGCAGACCCCCCCCCUCCCCUCUGGUGGUCCUAAACAUGGAACAAAAAGCACAGUCAGAUUGUUGCUUCCAACAGAACAAAUUUAUUGUCCUUUUUCUUUAAGUACUACUUUCCAGAGUAAUAUAUGAAGUAGGCAUUGGAUUUUCUAAAGAACUGAACAUCAUAAUUCCUGCGUACUCCUUAUAAAUUAUAAAUUUUACUCACUAUCAGUAAAAUAGCGUAAAAGUGAGGCACUUUAUUGAAAAGUAACACUCGAGUGAAAGUGGUAGUCAAACUGCAACGUAAUUUUUCACCCACUGUGGCCAGUUUAUUCCUGCACAUUGGACCUUUUCUCUCCCACAAAAUAUAGGUAUGAAAAGGGGGCACUUUGCCAACUGUGAUCCUAUCUGCCAUCUUUUAAAAGUAUAUAUGAAAAGUAAGCAAUUAUUUCCAAAUUCUCCAGUAUCCUGUGGAACUAAACUGGGCAAGUGGAAGUAUUAUGUUGUCAUUUGGCAAGAAGCCUCAAUUUCUGUAUAAACUGUAUAUGUUAAAAAAAAUCCUCAAACACUGCAAAGCUUUUAAAUACGUUGGUAUAUUUAAUUCUUAGCAGGCAGACUAAAGAUGCAGAAUAAGAUGCAAAACCUUCUACAGAAUCUUAGGAAAUGUAUUUAUAAAGUGUGGCUAAAGCUCUACUUAAUGGUAAUAUUUCUCUGCAGGACUGCAAGAAAAUUUAAUUUAUAUUAUGUAUAUAAUAUCUGUACAUUUUUAAAAUAUGUUAGUAUAACAGAUAGAAAUUGAAUAUUUGUAAUUAUCUGCAAACUUGGAUUUACUGAAGGAACAUGUGUUUAAAUAACUGAUGUCUGUAACUUUUGUGAUCUGUUUUUAAGAUAACUUUUGAGUUUUCUUUUUAAAAAGCCAAUUCACUGGCAGUGCCAUGCACAAAUAUGCUUUCUCUGUCUCUAAUUGACCAUUUCUUUGAUUUAAAAAUAUUUUAGCACAGAUCAAAAAAGUAGAUUGUGUCACUUAUUUCAUCUUUUUAUUGUUUUUGGCUGAAUUAUUUCCUUUGGCAUGACUUUACAUUAGCAUUUGCAAUCAGCAUUUUCCUGAACUGGGUAUUAUAACAUUGGAGAAAAAGUUAAACAUCAUCCCAAAUUACUUUUGUAUGAAAACUAAUGAAAUUGCAUAUGAAUCUGUAAAAGUCCAUAAAAAGGAUCCAAAUGUGGAUUUGAAUUUAUUUUCUCCACAGAGUUUUAGAUUCCCCAACUUAUGUUUUUGAGGAAUCCAAAUUGGGAAUCUUGGAGAGUUUUUUAAAGACCUACAAAGGCACUAAAAUAAAUAUCAAUAAAAUACUUGAUCACAGUAUUGAUAGCUAUCCAAAUAAUGUUAACAAAUGUGCAGCCUUACAUAUAACUUCUAUUUGUUUAGGACAGACAAUAUGGAGAGAUUUCAGUACUUCCUGUUGUAUUAGAUUAAUUUGAACCAGGGGUGAAAUGCUAUCGGAUCGGGCAAGUAGAUAGCGAAGACUGGGGCUGGUUCGCCAAACCGGGAGCAAUGAUUGGCUGGCCAUGCCCCCGAACCAGUCCACUGCCCACAGUCCUGCCAUGCUGGCCUGCCUUCCAUGCUGGCCAGCUUGCGAAGGCAGGCAACCAGAAGCCCCCGCGGAAGGCAGGUAAGCAUGGCAGGGCUGCGGGGAAGGAGCUAGCAGCUUACUCCCUUCCCUGAAACCUUG